CCCCCCAAAAAAAAGCAAACAUGGCUCUGCUCACUCCAUCUUUGUCAAAAAGCUUCUCCUCUCUUCAAGAAAUGCCCAACAAAACUUCAAGAACCUUCCACCUCAACCCAAAGAUUCUCAUGUCCCUCACCGAUUCUGCAAUCGCCAAACCCACGAGCUUUGUCGCGGAACCAACCGAGAAGAAAACCGGAUUCGGUUUCAAGAACUUCACCGGAACUUUCUUCAUGAACGUCAAGCGAGCAGAGGGCCGGUUAAUGGAAACCGUUAAUCUCCGCGUACCGGCCAUAACCGGGGGCACUGAAGUGGACCAGAUCGAGAACGUGGCCAUAAGGGUGGAGCUGAGAAAUGGGUUCGUCGGAUGGGGUGAAGCGCUGGUGGUUCCGACGGUGGGUCGAGCGGCGGCGGUGGAGAAAGUGACGGCGGCUUGCGAGUUUCUCCGGCGGUGUCCGGCGAUGACUCUCGACUCUGUUCUUGAUGAGAUCGAGAAUCUUCUUCCUGGACACGAGUUUUCUUCUGUGAGGAGUGGAGUAGAAAUGGCUUUGAUAGACGCGGCGGCAAACAGCAUCAACGUCCCUCUCUGGAGACUCUUUGGCGGAUGUUCUAAUUCCCUCUCCACCUCCAUCACGAUCCCAAUCCGUUCUCCGGAAGAAACAUUCCGGGUGGUGUCCAAGUACUCUUCGAAAGGGUUCAAGGCUUUCAGACUGAACAUCGGAAAGGAUUUGGAUUCGGAGAUGGAAGCGUUCCGAGCUGUGAGAUCGGCCAAUCGCAAAUGUACGGUCAUCCUGGAUGCCAACGAAGCCUAUUCUCCGCCACAAGCUCUGCAACUUCUCGACAGACUGCAAGGAAAAGGGGGUGAUCCUCCAGUGGUGUUGGAGCAGCCAGUGAAAGGGAAAGACAUGGAAGGGCUGAGACAAGUACACGAAAGGGCAAGGGAGAUGAAGGGAGCAGUAGUGAUAGGGGUUGACGAGGGCUGUAAGAACAUAACAGAAGCUCAUAGGAUUAUAAGGGAAAGAGUGGCCGAUGUUAUCAACCUUAAGCUCUCCAAAUUCGGCGUUAUCGGUUCAUUGGAACUCAUCGAAGCCGCCAAGAUUGCCGGAUUUGAACUUAUGAUCGAGGGUUCCCUCGAAACCAGACUGGCCACCGGCUUUGCCGGUCAUCUUGCUGCUGGUCUCGGCUGCUUCAAGUACGUAGCUUUGGACGGUCCAUUCAUGCAAUUGGAAGAUCCCAUAAUCGGAGGAUACGAAGUCGGAGGUUCUGUCUACAAGUUCACAAACAGCAGAGGCCAAGGCGGUUUCCUCAAAUGGCAUGUCGAUGUUUCCCCUUGAUUCCUAGUUUACGGAUCCAAGGCAGGUUCACAUGUUGUAACUUAACGAUUAUUGCGGAAUAGUAAUAAUAACAACAAUAAUUUAUUUUCCGUAUU